GUUUGAUUGUGGUGGAGGCACAGGAUAUAAAGACUGAACGCAGCAAGGAAAGGGCAGAGCAAGAGAGAGAAGCAGCUCCUUUACUCUGAGAAAGCAGCCAGCUGAUCACACAAGAGGCAGAAUGAAAGCCUUCCUCCUCACCAUUGCUGCAGUGCAGAUUCUCCACUGCUCAGGAAUACCAAGGCCUAAGGAUGCUCUGAGAGCGUCUGUCAUAAAACUGAACCAAAUCACUGAGACCAGCAAUCUGUGUGGGAUAACCAGGAGAAGGGUGAAGGAUAUUUACCGCACAGGGAAAUUGUCGUACAAUGUGGAUUUAACAUUCACUGUGAAAGAAACUGUCUGUUCCAAGAAUUCUGGACUGGAAUUUGAUGAUCCCAGCUGCUAUUUCCGCACCAAAAAGACUGCAACGAAAGGAUUUUGCAAGAGCCAUGUUGAAUAUUUUGCGGAUGAGAUUGUUGACGUUGACGUGGAGUGUCGGGGAUUGAAGAUGUUUGACAGCAGAAGUGGAUCCUUUGAGUCCAGUGAAAACAGCAUCGAGGUGAAAGCCAGAAAAACCUCUCGUCCAAAAGUCUACAAACGUGUUAAGCAAAUCAAAAGACUGGUCACUGCGGGAGGUUUCAAACGAACACUAUGGUGAUUCAGGAUCUCGACACUAACCAGCAAUGAAACUUCUGUAAAGCCAAGCUUGGUGUUAACACAAGACCUCAUUCCAAUUAAACAAGAUGUUAUCAAUUGUACUUUACUUGUUCAUAUAUAAACCUGGACUUCCUGAUUGUAUAUUUCACUGUAACUGGAAGAUUCUAUAGUUUGUAAAUGUUCUGUCCUUUGGUGUGUAUUGUCUUGUACU